AUGAGCUAUGUCAAGAUAUACGGCUCUAGCAACUGGGGUGAGCUUGGCACACGCGACGACGGCUUGAGCGUCCUUGAACUUCCAGGCUGCAUUGUAGAUUUCACAGCGGGAGUCUGGCACUAUGUCGCCAUAAAGCAAGAUGGCUCAGCCUACGGUUGGGGGAAAGCGCGGCUCGGCCAACUGGGGGGUGCGCUGACUGACAAAGUCACAAAACCUACCAAGAUCGAGGGCAUACCGUUCAUGCCUAAAAAGGCAGUGUGUGGCAAAGACUUCACAUACCUGGUCAGUGACCCAUCCCAGGGUAAACACCAUCUCCUCGGCAAAGACAAAUUCAACAUCAUCUCGAACAUGCCCGAACAUGUCAAGAACUGGAAAGAUAUCGGCGCGACAUGGCACGCCAUCUUUGUGCUCUUCGACGACGGCACUCUUACCGCGUGGGGUAAAGAGAACAUGUGGAAGUUAUUACCGCCCAAUCUACCGCUUUUGGACAAGAUUGCUGUUGGGUCGGACCACAUCCUCGCCGUAACGAAAGAGGGUAAAUUGAUAUCGUGGGGCUGGGGUAAACAUGGGAACUGUGGCGAUCUCUCAAAUGUUGGAGUCGACAUGAAGAACGAUAUGGUCAGCGGAUUCUGGAAUGAGAUCAGCAUACCAGGAGAGAUCCAGACGAUUGGGGCUGGGUACUGUACGAGCUUUGUGGUUACAAAACAAGGUUGA